GGCAACAAUAGCAGAAGAGAAAGCAAGAAAGAGACAAAAGAAAUGCCUCCCUCCCCACAAACCGCAAAACUAACCUCCACCCUCCACCUCCUCAUCCCCCGCCUCCGCCUCCUGCAGAAGAAGUCCUCCGCGCAAAGCGUCCACCAACGGCGCGAGCUAUCCGCCCUCCUCGCCGAAGGCCGCGACGAGUCAGCGCGCAUACGGGUCGAAAAUGUCAUCGCGACCGACACCGCCGUGGAGGUGAUGGAGAUGGUCGAGCUGUAUUGCGAGUUGGUGCUUGCGCGGGCGAAUCUGCUGGAUCAGGUGGCGUUUUCGGAGAAGGGGGUGGCGAUGAGGGGGGAGAUGCGGUCUUAUUAUUUGCAGCUGCAGAAGGCGCAGCAGCAGCAUGGUACUCAUUCUGGGAAGGUUGGACAUGAUGCGGGGAGGGAGAAGAAGAAGAACGAGGCGGGGUUGUUUUCGUUUUCAUUCUGGAGGUCGAGUUCGAAUCCGUCUUCGCCUGCUCCUUCUUCUCCUUCUCCGUCGUCUACAUCUGCAAAGCAAACCGCUACCUCCACAGAACAAGAACAAGACACCCGACAAGACAACCAACCCGAAACCUCAGAACCCCCCGAAGAAGAAAAAGAAUACAUCUCCCCGCCCCUCGACACAGCCAGCACCUCCAUAAUCUACGCGCAAGCGCGCUUCCCCACCGAAGUGCGCGAGCUGACCCUCCUCCGCGCGCUCCUCACAGAACGGUACGGCAAAGAGUUCGCCGCGCUGGCCGCAGACGACCGCGUGCCGGGCGUGCGGGUUCCUCCGAAACUGGUCAAGGCGCUGCGGGUGCGUGCGCCGAGCGAGGAGCUCGUGGACUGUUAUCUGGAGGAGAUUGCGAGGGCUUAUGCUG